CCUUAUCUUGUGACCGAUGUCCGACGUACCGAAACCAUGGGACCAAGCUAGAUCAGAACGCCCAUGACCCAACCAACCAGCGCAAUAACCACAUUCUCCCCCCUCAUCAUCCUCCAUCCGAAGUGUCGAGAUAAGACGUAUCUGCCCGCACCUCGUUUCUUUCUCUCUUUCUUUCUCCCCCCCUUCUAGAUGCCUUCUCGCCGCGGGAACCGACAACCGCGCUGUAGUGGACCAUGACCGGCCGAUCGCCCUCGUCCUCUGGCUUCCUCCCGAUGCCCGGGUCGCCGUCUUCGUCGUGGUCGCUGUACCGCGCCCGCGUUUCCGCGCUCCUCCGACAUGCCGACACGCAGGUCGUCGUGGCCUUUUGGUUUCUCGGUCUCAUCAACAACGUCCUGUACGUAAUAAUCCUCUCGGCCGCCCAGGACCUCGUCGGCUCCUCGGUGCCCAAGGGCGUCGUCCUGCUCGCCGACGUGCUGCCGUCCUUCUUCACGAAGCUCGUCGCCCCCUACUUCAUCCACCGCGUGCCCUACGCCCUGCGCGUGCUCGUCCUCAUUGCCCUCUCGUGCACCGGCAUGCUCCUCGUCGCCUUGACGCCGCCCGGCCGCUCCGUCGCCGUCAAGAUGGUCGGUGUCGUCAUCGCCAGCCUCAGCUCGGGCGGCGGCGAGCUCAGCUUCCUCGGCCUGACGCACUACUACGGCCCCGCGAGUCUGGCGGGCUGGGGCAGCGGCACGGGCGCCGCGGGGCUUGUCGGUGCCGGGCUGUACGUCCUCAUGACGGACUGGUGGGGGUUCACGGUGCGCAGCAGUCUUCUGUUCUCGGCGUGCCUGCCGUCCAUCAUGUUCGUCAGCUUCUUCGUUGUGCUGCCCAAGGGACCCCUGCGCGCGGGCGGUGGGAAGGGGUACGCGGCGGUGCCGGAGCGGGACCUCGACGACGAGGACGUCGGGGAGAUGCCGCGCGACGCGGCGUCUUCGGCGCUGCUUGCACCAGGCCCAUCGGUCACUUCGGCGGCGUACUCGGCGCAGCAGUCGGGGCAUCAUCAUCAUCAGCAGCGUGAUAGCAGCUUCGCGCACAACCUCGCGAGGGCGAGGGCGCUCUUCUUCCCGUACAUGCUGCCGCUGCUGCUCGUGUAUGUGGCCGAGUACACGAUCAACCAGGGCGUGGCGCCGACGCUGCUGUUCCCGUUGGCGUCGUCGCCGUUUACCGAGUUCCGCGAGUUCUACCCGAUGUACGGGUUCCUGUACCAGCUGGGCGUCUUCAUCUCGCGGUCCUCGACGCCCUUCUUCCGCAUUCACCGCCUGUACCUGCCGUCGCUACUGCAGGUCGGCAACCUCGCGCUGCUGACGUCGCACGCGGUGCUGGACUUCCUCCCGUCCGUGUACGUCGUCUUCGCCGUCGUCUUCUGGGAGGGCCUGCUCGGGGGCGCCGUCUAUGUCAACACGUUCGCCGAGAUCAUGGAGACGGUGCCGAGCGAGGACCGCGAGUUCAGCCUCGGGGCGACGAGCGUCAGCGACAGCGGCGGCAUCUGCAUCGCUGGGUUCUUGGGCAUCUUGCUGGAGGUGCAGUUGUGCAACUGGCAGGUGUCACAGGGGCGGGACUGGUGUCGCCAGAUCAAGGUCGGGUGAGGACGGGAUGGAUAUGAGUUAGCCCUCUUGGGUCGGAGCCAGACAAUUCAUUCAAACAGAAUCCCUCCCCCCGCGGUUCCCCAAUGAGUGAGAGUCAACAACGUAUAGAGCAUAAGCCCAUUCAAGUAGAAGGGCAGGGUCAGCUGUGCGAGACAAGUGUGUGGAUCGUCGCAUGAGUACCGCUAGUGAUCCCGAGAGACAGCGGCCAGGGUAAAUAGACCACCUGUUGUACACACGUAAUUUAGAACAAGGCUGUUUGAAUGUCAGAUGUCAUGAAGGUCAAACAAGGAAAGAGUGAGAGUGACAGAUUGGAUGAGAACGUAUCGGUCCGCGGCCACCGGGCAUUGAUACGG